CCGGAGUGCGGUGGCCGGAAGGCGCACGGCGGGGACAGGCGUGCAGGUGAUGGUGUGGAGGGACGGAGGCCCCGAGCUCUUAGCCCCGCAGAGGACCUGGGCGGGGAGCGCCAUGCUUCUCCCUGCCCUCCUCUUUGGGACGGCCUGGGCACUGGCUAACGGCCGGUGGUGUGAACAUACAGAAACCUUCCUGGUGGAGGAGGAAGUGACCCCCCGCCAGGAGGACCGGGUACCUUGCACCAGCCUCUACCAUUACCAGCGCCUGGGCUGGCAGCUGGACCUGUCCUGGAGUGGACGUGCCGGGCUCUGUCCCAUCUACAAACCCCCAGAAACCCGGCUCGCUGCAAGGAACCGGACAGUGAGGACUUGCUGCCCAGGCUGGGGGGGCACCCGCUGCACCCUGGCCCUUGCGGAAGCCACCCCUGGGGGCCACUGCUUUGCCACGCGGCAAUGCCAGCUGCAGGCUGGCUCAGCUAACGCUUCUGCGGGCAGCCUGGAGGAGUGCUGUGCUUGGCCUUGGGGACACAGCUGGCGGGAUGGCAGCUCCCAGGCCUGCCUCAGCUGCUCGAGCCGACACCUCCCAGGCAGCGCUCCCUCUCCAGCCGUCCUGCUGCCCCUGGCGGGGGCCGUGGCCCAGUUCUGGAGCCAGCGCCAGCCGCCCUCGGCCACCUGCGCCACCUGGUCAGGCUUCCACUACCGCACCUUUGACGGACGCCACUACCACUUCCUGGGCCGCUGCACUUACCUGCUGGCGGGCGCUGCCGAUGCCACCUGGGCGGUCCACCUCACACCCAGGGGGCAUUGUCCCCAGCCUGGGCACUGUCAGCUGGCCCGAGUAAUGAUGGGACCUGAGGAGGUGCUGAUCCAGGGCAGAAACGUCUCUGUGAACGGGAAGCUGGUACCUGACGGGGAGUCUCAGCUGCUCCACGGGCUGAGCCUGCAGUGGCAGGGGGACUGGCUGGUGUUGUCUGGGGGCCUGGGGGUCACCGUACGCCUGGACGGGUCCAGUUCCGUCUCUGUUUCUGUGGACUCCGAGCUCCAGGGACAAACUCAAGGUCUCUGUGGAGUCUACAAUGGCCAGCCCGAGGAUGACUUCCUGGAGCCCGGAGGGAGACUGGCUGUGUUAGCUGCCACCUUUGGGAAUUCCUGGAGGCUCCCUGAUUCAGAGCCUGGGUGUCUGGAUUCAGCAGAGGCGGCCCAGGGCUGUGAGGGCCCCCUGAGCAGCUCGGGGGCAAGCAUGCAGGCUGAUGCCCAAGAUGUGUGCUACCAGCUGCUGGACAGUCCCUUUAGGGAAUGCCAUGCCCAGGUCCCCCCUGCUGAGUACCACCAGGCCUGCCUCUUUGCCUACUGUUCUGGGGCCCCAGCAGGCAGUGGGCGAGAGGCCCGUCGGGAAGCCGUGUGCAGCACCUUGGCCAACUAUGCCCAGGAGUGUGCCAAGCAGCACAUCCACGUGGGCUGGAGGAAGCCAGGCUUCUGCGAGCGUCUGUGCCCGGGGGGCCAGCUCUACUCAGAUUGCGUCUCAGCCUGCCCACCCAGCUGCUCAGCAGUGGGGGACAGAGGGGAGGGGUCCUGCCGGGAAGCGUGCGUGAGCGGCUGCGAGUGCCCGCCCGGCCUCUUCUGGGACGGCGCCCUCUGUGUGCCUCCUGCCCGCUGCCCCUGCUACCACCGGCGCCGGCGCUACGCCCCCGGGGACACCGUGCGCCAGCUGUGCAACCCGUGCGUGUGCCAGGACGGCCGCUGGCUCUGCGCGCAGGCGCCGUGCCCAGCCGAGUGCGCGGUGGGCGGGGACGGGCAUUACCUCACCUUCGAUGGGCGGAGCUUCUCCUUCCGCGGCAGCCCGGGUUGCCACUCCAGCCUGGUGCAGGACCUGAAGGGACAGCCGCUGAUUGUGCUGGAGCACGGGGCUUGUGACGCUGGGAGCUGCCUCCACGCCAUCUCUGUGUCCCUGGGAGACACGCACAUCCAGCUCAGAGACUCAGGAGCUGUACUCGUCGAUGGGCAGGACGUGGGCUUGCCAUGGAGCGGGCCCGAGGGCCUCAGUGUUUCCCACGCCUCCUCCUCCUUCCUACUGCUGCGCUGGCCUGGGGCGCAGGUCCUGUGGGGAGUGUCUGACCCUGCAGCCUACAUCACUCUGGACCCCCGCCAUGCCCGCCAGGUGCAGGGUCUGUGCGGCACCUUCACCUGGAACCAGCAGGAUGACUUCCUGACACCUGCCGGCGAUGUGGAGACCAGCACCGCAGCCUUUGCUAGCAAGUUCCAGGUGGCAGGGGAGGGAAGGUGCCCCUCAGAAGACAGCGCCCUACUUUUCCCCUGCAGCACCCACGCUCAGCGCCGCGUUUUUGCAGAGGCAGCGUGUGCCGUCUUGCAUGGCCCAACCUUCCAGGAAUGCCAAGGGCUGGUCGACAGGGAGCCGUUCCACCUGCGCUGCUUGGCGGCCGUGUGUGGCUGUGCUCCUGGCAAGGACUGCCUGUGCCCUGUGCUUGCUGCCUUUGCUCGUCGCUGUGCCCGGGAGGGUGCGCUGUCUCUCUGGAGGUCCCAGACACUGUGCCCUGUCCCGUGUCCCACCGGCCAGGAGUACCAGGAGUGUGCCCCAGUGUGUGGUCAAAACUGUGGGGAGCCAGAAGACUGUGAGGAGCUGGGGAGCUGUGUGUCUGGUUGUAACUGCCCCCCAGGACUGCUCCGGGACCCCGAGGGCGAGUGUGUGCCCCCAAGCUUGUGCUCCUGCCAGCUUGGAACUCAGCGCUAUGCACCUGGCAGUGUCACCACAAAGGACUGUAACCACUGUGUCUGCCGAGAGAGGGGCCUCUGGAAUUGCUCUGCUCAGCGUUGUGGCCCCCAGCGGACAUUCUGCCCCGGUGACCUUGUCUAUGUCCCUGGUGCCUGCCUUCUCACCUGUGACAGCCCUGGUACCAACCACUCCUGCCCCCCAGACAGCAUGGGAAGCUGUGUCUGUCCCCCGGGCACUGUGCUGCUGCACGAGCGCUGCGUGCCUCCUGAGCUCUGCCCCUGCCGUCAUGGCGGGCAGUGGUAUCCGCCCAACGCUACCAUCCAGGAGGACUGCAACGUUUGCGUGUGUCAGGCUCGGCAGUGGCACUGCACAGGCCACCGGUGUGGUGGGUGGUGCCAGGCAUCGGGCGCCCCCCACUACGUGACCUUUGAUGGGCUGGCUUUCACCUUCCCUGGAGCCUGUGAAUAUCUGCUGGUGCGAGAAGCCAGCGGCCGCUUCACCAUCUCCGCCCAGAACCUGCCCUGUGGGGCCAGCGGCCUCACCUGCACCAAGGCGCUGACCGUGCAGCUGCAGAGCACCGUCGUGCACAUGCUCAGAGGCCGGACAGUGACAGUGAAUGGGGUGAGCAUAACGCCCCCCAAAGUCUACACGGGCCCUGGGCUGAGCUUGCGUCGUGCUGGCCUCUUCCUGCUGCUCACGACCCGCCUGGGCCUCAGCCUGCUGUGGGAUGGAGGCACCCGGGUCCUGGUGCGGCUGUCCCCGCAGCUCCACGGCCGCGUGUCUGGGCUGUGUGGAGAUUUUGAUGGAGAUGCCAGUAACGACCUGCGGAGCCGCCAGGGCGUCCUGGAACCCACUGCUGAGCUGGCCGCCCACUCCUGGCACCUGAGUCCACUCUGCCCUGAGCCAGGAGACCUGCCACACCCCUGCACCGUGAACGCCCACCGGGCCAGCUGGGCCCGUGCCCGCUGCGCGGUGAUGCUGCAGCCCCUCUUUGCCCGCUGCCAUGCAGAGGUGCCCCCGCAGCAGCACUACGAGUGGUGUGUGUAUGACACCUGCGGCUGCGAUUCGGGGGGCGACUGUGAGUGUCUCUGCUCGGCCAUUGCCACCUACGCAGACGAGUGUGCCCGGCAUGGGCUCCCCGUGCGCUGGCGCAGCCAGGAGCUCUGCCCUCUGCAGUGUGAGCGAGGCCAGGUCUACGAGGCCUGUGGCCCCACGUGUCCGCCCACCUGCCAUGACCAUGGUCCCGAGCCCGGCUGGCACUGCCAGGCCUUCGCCUGUGUGGAGGGCUGCUUCUGCCCCGAGGGGACCCUGCUGCAUGGAGGAGUCUGCUUAGAGCCAGCUUCCUGCCCCUGUGAGUCUGGGGGCAGCUUCUUCCCGCCGGGGACUGUGCUGCAGAAGGACUGUGGGAACUGCACAUGCAAGGAAAGCCAGUGGCUCUGUGGGAGCGACAGUUCCGUCUGUGAGGAGCCAGAGCCCGGCUGUGUGGAGGGAGAGGCCCCAUGCCGCGCGAGUGGGCACUGUGUGCCCCACAGGUGGCUUUGUGACAACCAGGAUGACUGUGGCGAUGGCUCAGACGAGGAGGGCUGUGCCACGCCAGGCUGUGGGGAGGGCCAGAUGUCUUGCCGCUCCGGCCACUGCCUGCCCCUGGCCCUGCGCUGUGAUGGGCGGGACGACUGUGGAGACGGGACGGAUGAGCAGAGCUGCCCUUGCCCCCGUGGCUCACUGGCUUGCACAGAUGGGCGCUGCCUGCCCCUGGCCCUGCUCUGCGACGGGCAUCCCGACUGUCCAGAUGCUGCUGAUGAGGAGGCCUGUCUGGGGCAGCUGAACUGCACUCCCGGGGAACUGUCCUGUGUUGAUGGCUCGUGCGUGGGGGCCGUCCUGCUGUGUGACGGAAUCUGGGACUGCCCAGAUGGAGCGGACGAGGGACCUGGGCACUGCCCCUUGCCUUCGCUGCCCACGCCCCCAGCUGGCACUCUGCCUGGCCCUUCCACUGGCGUUGGGGGGAUUGCCCCAACUCCCCCGGCCAGCGCCAGCCCUGCGCCACUCUGCGGCCCCCUCGAAUUCCCGUGCGGCAGCGGCGAGUGUGCGCCCCGGGGCUGGCGCUGUGACGGCGAGGCGGACUGCGCGGACGGCAGCGACGAGCGGGGCUGCGGCUGGCCCUGCCCCCUGCACCAGGCGCCCUGCGCUCGCGGCCCGCACUGCGUGUCCCCCGCGCAGCUGUGCGACGGCGUGCCGCACUGCCCCGACGGCUCGGACGAGGACCGCGACGCCUGCGAGGGGAUGACAGCCCUAGGAGGCCCCAACGGGACCAGGGCUCCCUGCCCGGAAUUCUCCUGCCCUGAUGGCCUCUGCAUCAGUUUCCGGCUGGUGUGUGACGGGCAGCCUGACUGUGAAUCGGUGGGGGAGCUCGGGCCUUCCCCAGAAGAGCAGGGCUGUGGGGCCUGGGGUCCCUGGAGCUCAUGGGGGCCGUGCAGCCGGACAUGUGGGCCGGGGGUGCAGGGCCGGAGCCGCCGCUGCUCCCCCCCUGGUCUCCCGGUGCUGCAGCACUGCCCAGGCCCGGAGCAGCAGACUCAGGCCUGCUUCACGGCUGCCUGCCCAGUGGAUGGCGAAUGGACCCCCUGGUCUCCCUGGUCCCUGUGCACUGAGCCGUGCAUGGGAACUGCGACCCGUCAGCGACAGUGCCACCCCCCCCAGAAUGGAGGCCGGACCUGUGCCAUGCUGCCUGGGGACCCUCCCACCACCCGCCAGAGCAGGCCCUGCCCUCAGGCCGGCUGUCCCAAUGCCACCUGCUCCGGGCAGCUGGUGUUCUGGCCCUGUGCCCCCUGCCCUCUGACUUGUGAUGAAAUCUCUGGUCAGGUUGAGUGCGCGGCUACCCGGCCUUGCAGAAGCCCUGGCUGCUGGUGCCCUGCCGGCCAGGUGCUGGACAGUGAGGGCCGGUGUGUGGGGCCCCAGCAGUGCCCCUGCCUGCAGGACGACACCUGGUACCGGCCGGGGCAGCGCAUCAGGGCCAACUGCCAGCUCUGCACCUGCCAAGACGGACGGCCCCAGCGCUGUCGGCCUGACCCAGCCUGCUCCGUGAACUGUGGCUGGUCCUCCUGGUCCCCCUGGGGAGAGUGCUUGGGCCCUUGUGGGACCCAGAACAUUCAGUGGUCCUUCCGGAGCCCCAACAACCCCCGCCUCUCCGGCCAAGGUCGCCAGUGCCGGGGUAUCCACCGCAAGGCCCGCAGGUGCUGGACGGAGCCCUGCACGGGCUGUGAGCAGCAGGGCCGGGCCCACACAGUGGGGGAGCGCUGGCGAGAGGGCCCCUGCAGAGUGUGCCAGUGUCUGCACAACGGCACCGUGCGCUGCUCCCCCUACUGCCCGCUGGGCAGCUGCCCCCAGGACUGGGUCCUGGUGGAGGGAGUAGGAGGCUCCUGUUGCCACUGCGCCCCGCCUGGUGAGAACCAGACAGUCCACCUCCUGGCCAUUCCUGCCCCCUCUCCAGCACUCAGUGCCCAGAUCGGACCCCCUCUGGUCACCUACGUUCUGCCUCCGCCUGGAGACCCCUGCUAUUCUUUGCUGGGCCUGGCCCGACUUCCAGAGGGAAGCCUGAAGCUGGAGCCCCCCACCCAGGCUGUCCUCCUGGGGGCUCCCACCAAGAGGCCUGGCUCUCAGGGUCGGGGCACUCGGAGGCACACCCGUCCCCCCUUCCUGCAGCUCAACCUGCUUCGGCCUAGGAACCUCACUGGCAUCAUGGUGCAGGGGGCUGGGGCCUCCGCCUCCCUCCAAUUUAGCAGCGACGGUCUACACUGGCACAACUAUACUGACCUCGUGUCCCCAGCCAAGCUUUUUGCUACGAACUCGGAUGACGGGGCCCCUACAGUGCGGACUUUCGGCCGGAUGGUGCAGGCACAGCAUGUCCGGGUGUGGCCCCACAUCAGCCAUCGUGACGCCAACCACAACAUCUCCCCACGGGUGGAGCUGCUGGGCUGUGCGCCAGUGUCCCCACUGGAGGCGCCCCCGUGCCCAGGAGGUGGGCGCCGCUGUGCGGGUGCUGAGUGUGCCCCGCGGGGGGAGCCGUGCAGCGGGGUGAAGGACUGUGAGGACGGCCCCGAGCGCUGCACGCCCCCGCCCACCGCCGCUGGCAGAGUCUGGUCCGCAGCCACGACCCCAGCCACGACCCCAGCCCCGACCGCUUCCACCCAGCCCGGACCGCUGCCCCCGCAGCCCACGGAGGCUCUGGCAGAGGCUGAGCGCUGGCGUCCCUUGCGAGGGUCACCCACACCCCCCACAGGGAAGGGGCCAGUGACUUGGGCCCCAGACUCCGAGCCUCCUUACUUGAGUCCUGGGGAGCCUGUGCAGAUGGUGACCACCACCCCCACAUCCCAGAUGAUCCCGGUGGCCCCUGCUGCCUCGCAGGCAGCGAGCCCUGUGCCCUUCACGGUGCCCACCAUGGCCCUGGCCGGGCUGCUGGCCUCGAGAGCCCCCUGCUCCCCAAGCCAGCUGAGCUGCGGUAGUGGGGAGUGCCUGCCGGCUGAGCGGCGCUGUGACCUGCGGCCAGACUGCCAGGACAGCUCGGACGAGGUCGGCUGUGUGGACUGUGGGCUGGCGCCCUGGUCUGGCUGGAGCGGCUGCAGCCGCACCUGUGGGCCGGGCCUCGCCUUCCAGCGCCGGGAACUGCUGCGGUCUCCCCUGCCUGGGGGCAGCUGCCCGUCCGACAGGCUCCGCAGCCAGCCCUGCUUCGUGCAGGCCUGCCCAGUGGCUGGGGCGUGGGCUGACUGGGGGACCUGGGGGACCUGCAGUGUCUCCUGUGGGGGUGGCCAUCGGAGUCGCCAGAGGAGUUGUGUGGACCCCCCGCCCAAGAAUGGUGGUGCCCCCUGCCCUGGGGCCUCGCACGAGAGGGCACCCUGCGCCCUGCAGCCCUGCCCAGGGGAUGCAGGCUGCGGGCCGGGCCGAGUGCAUGUUAGUGCUGAGCUGUGCCGGAAGGGGCUGGUGCCACCGUGUCCGCCCUCCUGCUGGGACCCGGAGGCCAACAGAAGUUGCAGUGGGCCCUGUCUGGAGGGAUGCCGCUGCCCCCCUGGGCUGCUCCUCCAUGAUGCUCGCUGCCUGCCACUCUCCGAGUGCCCUUGCCUUGUGGGUGAAGAGCUGAAGAAGCCGGGGGCGCCCUUCGUCCUGGACAACUGCAGCCGCUGCGUGUGUGAGAACGGGGCCCUGCUGUGUGAACCCGGGGGCUGCCCCGUGCCCUGCGGCUGGUCGGCCUGGUCCUCCUGGGGUCCCUGUGACCGCUCCUGUGGCUCUGGAGUGAGGGCCAGGUUCAGAUCCCCUUCCAACCCUCCGGCUGCUUCCGGGGGUGCCCCGUGUGACGGCGACAGACAGGAGCUGCAGGCCUGCCACGUGGAGUGCAGGACAGAGCGGCUGGGCUGGAGCUCCUGGGCACCCUGGUCCUCCUGCUCCCAGAGCUGCCUCGCCGUGGGAGGAGGCCCUGCUUGGCGCAGUCGUUCCCGGUUCUGCCCCAGUUCCGGGAACACGUCCUGCCCAGGAGAGGCCACCCAGGAGGAGGCCUGCAGCCCCCCUGUGUGCCCAGUGCUAAGCGCCUGGGGUCCGUGGGCUCCGUGGUCCGCCUGCUCGGCCCCCUGUGACGGAGGCGUCCAGAUACGUGGGCGCAGCUGCUCUGGUUCCACUCCCGGCGACCCCGAGUGCCAGGGACCUCACAGCCAGACCAGGGAUUGCAACACGCAGCCCUGCGCAGCUCAGUGCCCGGGGGACAUGGUGUUCCGCUCCACAGAGCAGUGCCAGCGGGACGGGGGCCCCUGCCCUCAGCUGUGCCUGGCUCAGGACCCUGAGGUUGAGUGCACCAGCUUCUGCACCUCUGGCUGCACCUGCCCGCCUGGCCUUUUCCUGCACAACGCCAGCUGCUUGCCCCGCAGUCAGUGCCCCUGCCAGCUGCGUGGGCAGCUCUACGCCCCGGGAGCACAGGCUCGGCUGGAUUCCUGCAACAACUGCACCUGUGUCUCUGGUGAGAUGGCGUGCACCUCAGAGCCCUGCCCAGUGGCCUGUGGCUGGAGCCCCUGGACCCCGUGGAGUGUUUGCAGCCGCAGCUGUGACGUGGGCCUUCGGCGGCGCUUCCGGGCAGGCACUGCGCCCCCCGCUGCCUUCGGGGGUGCUGCGUGCCAGGGCCCUAACAUGGAGGCCGAAUUCUGCAGCCUGCGGCCGUGUCGGGGUCCCAGUGGGGAGUGGGGCCCCUGGUCCCCGUGCUCUGUGCCCUGUGGCGGCGGCUACCGGAACCGCACCCGGGGCGGUGGCCUGAAUGGCCGUGUGGACUUCUCUGCCUGUGGGCUGCAACCCUGUGCUGGGCCCGUGCCUGGCAUGUGUCCCAGGGGCAAGCGGUGGCUGGACUGUGCCCAGGGCCCUGCCUCCUGUGCGGAGCUCAGCGCCCCUCAAGGGACAAACCAGACCUGCCUUCCUGGCUGUUAUUGCCCAUCUGGGACUCUCCUGCUGAACAAUGUGUGCGUGCCCUCCCAGGACUGCCCCUGUGCCCAUGGGGGGCGCCUUUAUCCCCCAGGCAGUGUGGUGCUUCGUCUCUGCGAGAACUGCUCCUGUGUUUCUGGGCUUAUCACCCACUGCACCUCCCGGCCCUGUGAGGAGGGUCAGCCCACGUGGUCACCCUGGACCCCAUGGAGCGAGUGCUCAGCCUCCUGUGGCCCUGCCCGACGCCACCGGCACCGCUUCUGCUCCGGGCCUCCCACCAUGGACCCGUCCGCCCUGGCCCUGCCAUCCCCACCAACCUGGCCUACCCCUCUUUGCCCAGGACCCGAUGCUGAGGAAGAACCUUGCCUCCUGCCAGGGUGUGACCGAGCUGGGGGCUGGGGGCCCUGGGGGCCCUGGUCCAGCUGUAGCCGGAGCUGUGGGGGAGGCCUGCGGAGCCGGCUGCGAGCCUGUGAUCAGCCUCCACCCCAGGGCCUGGGGGAUUACUGCGAGGGGCCUCGGGCCCAAGGAGAGGCCUGCCAGGCUCUGCCGUGCCCAGUGACCAACUGCACCGCCAUUCAGGGGGCGGAGUACAGCCCUUGUGGCCCUGCCUGUCCUCGCUCCUGUGACGACCUCUUGCACUGUGUGUGGCACUGCCAGCCCGGCUGCUACUGCCCACCGGGCCAGGUGCUGAGUGCCGACGGGGCCCUCUGCGUGCCGCCCAGCCACUGCGGCUGCCUGGACCUGCUGAGCGGGGAGCGGCACCGGCCGGGGGCUCGGCUUCCCGGGCCCGACAGCUGCAACUACUGCACCUGCUCAGAGGGGAGGCUGAACUGCACAGACCUGCCUUGCCCAGUGCCGGGUGGCUGGUGUUCGUGGUCGGAGUGGACGGCGUGCUCCCAGCCCUGCAGGGGUCAGAUGAGGACCCGCUCCAGGGCUUGCGCCUGCCCCGCUCCUCAGCACGGGGGCACCCCAUGCCCUGGUGAAGCAGGGGGGGCAGGGGCCCAGCAUCAGAAGGAGAGCUGCCCCACCUCCCCUGACUGCCCAGCGGAUGGAGUCUGGAGCCCAUGGGGACCGUGGUCUCCCUGUGACCCGUGCGUGGGGCAGUCCCAGCGAAGUCGGGAGUGUAUCUGGCCCCCCACCCCUGAGGGAGGCAGGCCCUGCCCUGGGGGCUACAGGCAGAGUCGCCCCUGCCAGGAUAAUUCCACACAAUGCCCAGACUGUGGGGGUGGCCAGAGUCUUCUCCCAUGCGGGUGGCCCUGUCCCCGCACCUGCCAGGACCUGUCUCCUGGGAGCAUGUGCCAGCCAGGUCCGGCGGGCUGUCGGCCCAGCUGCGGGUGCCCCCCCGGCCAGCUGUCGCAGGAUGGCCUUUGUGUGCCUUCCGCCCGCUGCCGCUGCCACUACCAGCCUGGAGCCAUGGGGAUCCCUGAGAACCAGAGCCGGUCAGCAGGGCCUGGGCCCAGCUCCUGGGAGAGGCUGGAACCCGGAGAGGUGGUGACUGGGCCCUGUGACAACUGCACCUGUAUGGAGGGCACCCUGCAGUGCCGGGAGGUGCCUGGCUGCCCUGGUCCUGGGAUGUGGGGUUCCUGGGGGCCCUGGGAAGACUGCAGUGUCUCCUGCGGAGGGGGGGAGCAACUCCGCUCCCGGAGAUGUGCCCGGCCCCCCUGCCCUGGGCCUGCCCGCCAGAGCCGCACCUGCCACACCCAGGUCUGCCGAGAGGCAGGCUGCCCGGCCGGACGUCUGUACCGGGAGUGCCCGCCCGGCGAGGGGUGCCCCUUCUCCUGUGCCCACGUCACUCAGCAGGUUGGCUGCUUCUCUGCUGGCUGCGAGGAGGGCUGCCACUGCCCCAUGGGCACCUUCCAGCACCGCUUGUCCUGUGUCCAGGAGUGCCCCUGCGUGCUCACCGCGGCGCUGCUACAGGAGCUGGGAACGGCUGGUGCUGACCCUGCGGCUCGGCCCCCCAUUCUGGGAGAGGGCGGUCAGACCCUUGGGCCUGGGGAUGAGUUGGGCUCAGGCCAGAGCCUUCGUAUGGGCUGCAGGAACUGCUCCUGUGUGCAUGGGAGGCUGUCUUGCUCCAUGGCGGACUGCUCCAAGGCUAGUGAUCACUUUGGUCCUUGGGGGCCAUGGGGCCCAUGCUCCCGCUCUUGUGGUGGGCUGGGCACCCGAACCCGCAGCCGCCAGUGUGCGCAGCCCUCCCCCGCUCCAGGCAGCCAGGGCUGCGGAGGGCCCCUCCAGGACCUCAAGUACUGCCCCAGCCCGGACUGCCCAGGGGCUGGAGGGUCCACAGUGGAGCCAGUGACAAGUCUUCCAGGCGGCUGGGGCCCGUGGUCCCCGUGGUCCCCUUGCUCUCACACCUGCACAGACCCCACCCACCCUGCUUGGCGCAGCCGCACUCGCCUCUGCCUGGCAAACUGCACCAGCGGGGACCCUUCCCAGGAGCGCCCUUGCAACCUGCCCUCCUGCACAGAGCUGCCCCCAUGCUCCAGCCCUGGCUGUGUGGCUGGAAACUGUUCCUGGACCGCCUGGGCCCCAUGGGAACCUUGCUCCCGAAGCUGCGGGGUGGGCCAGCAGCGCCGCCUGCGGGCCUACCGUCCCCCGGGGCCCGGCGGGCACUGGUGCCCCGACAUCCUCACUGCUUACCAGGAACGCCGCUUCUGCAACCUGCGGGCUUGCCCGGUGCCUGGAGGCUGGUCACGCUGGAGUCCCUGGUCCUGGUGUGACCGGAGCUGUGGAGGGGGCCGAUCCCUGAGGAGCCGCAGCUGCUCCAGCCCCCCACCCAAGAAUGGGGGUGCCCCCUGUGUUGGAGAGAGGCACCACGCUCGGCUCUGCAAUCCCUUGCCCUGUGAGGAGGGCUGCCCAGCAGGCAUGAAGAUGGUCAGCUGUGCCAACCGCUGCCCCCGCCGCUGCUCAGAUCUCCAGGAGGGGCUCGCGUGUCAAGACGGCCAGGCCUGCCAGCCGGGCUGCCGCUGCUCUGACGGCUUCCUGGAGCAGGACGGUGGCUGUGUGCCGAUUGGGCACUGUGAGUGCACAGAUGCCCAGGGCCAGAGCUGGGCCCCGGGCAGCCGGCACCAGGAGGCCUGCGGCACCUGCACCUGCCACGCGGGGCGGCUCUCCUGCACGGCUCAGCCCUGCCCGCCACCUGCGCACUGCUCCUGGAGCCGCUGGUCAGCCUGGAGUCCCUGCAGCCGCUCGUGCGGGCCUGAGGGGCAGCAGAGCCGCUUCCGGUCCUCCACAUCGGGCUCAUGGGCCCCGGAGUGUCGGGAGGAGCAGUCCCAGAGCCAGCCCUGCCCUCAGCCCCCGUGCCCGCCCCUGUGCCGGCACGGUGCCCGCCUCCACACCCUGGGGGACAGCUGGCUGCAGGGCGAAUGCCGACAGUGCUCCUGCACCCCGGAGGGCAUCAUAUGUGAAGACGUGGAGUGUGCAGUACCCGGGGCCUGGACGCUCUGGUCCCCCUGGUCUGAAUGUCCUGUCUCCUGUGGAGGUGGAAACCAGGUUCGUACCCGGGUCUGCACGGGCUCGACCCCCAGCCACAGGGGGACCCCCUGCGUGGGCCCUGACACCCAGAUGCAGCGCUGUGGUUGGCAGCCUUGCCUGGGGCUGCUGGAGGCUUGCUCCUGGGGCCCGUGGGGGCCCUGUUCCCGCAGCUGCGGCCCAGGCCUGGCCUCCCGCUCUGGGUCCUGCCCCUGCCCGCUGGCCGAAGCUGACCACACUUGCAAUGGCACAUUCCUGCACCUGGACACCCAGGCCUGCUACCCGGGGCCCUGCCUGGAGGAAUGCGUCUGGAGCAGCUGGAGCAGCUGGACGCGGUGCUCUUGCCAGGUGCUGGUCCAGCAGCGCUACCGGCACCAGGGCCCGGCGCCUGGAGCGGGCUGGGCCGGGGAGGGCUCUGCCUGCACACAACUGGACGGCCACUUUCGGCCCUGCCCCACUGCCAACUGCUCAGGAGACAGCUGCACCCCUCCCUUUGAGUUCCAGGCCUGUGGCUCCCCCUGCACCGGGCUCUGCACCACACAUCUGAGCCAUCGGCUCUGCCAGGACCUACCGCCCUGCCAGCCUGGCUGCUACUGCCCUGAGGGGCUGCUGGAGCAGGACGGGGGCUGCAUUCCCCCAGAGCAGUGUAGCUGCCUGUAUCUCGCAGGGGAAGGAGCCAGGCUGACCCUGGCCCCUGGGGACCGCCUGCGCCUGGGCUGCAAGGAGUGUGAGUGCCAGCGCGGGGAGCUGCAGUGCACCAGCCAGGGCUGUCACGGUCUUCUGCCUCUGAGUGGGUGGUCCGAGUGGUCACCCUGUGGGCCCUGCCUGCCUGCUGGCCUGCUGGCCCCUGCCUCCAGGACUGCCCUAGAGGAGCGCUGGUCUCAGCACCCAGCUGGCCCCUCCCCGACCUUGGCCCCCUGGCUGGCUUCGGAGCAGCACCGCCAUCGCCUGUGUCUGGACCCUGAGACAGGGAGGCCAUGGGCUGGGGACCCAGAGCUCUGCACCGCACCACUCAGCCAGCAACGCCUCUGCCCGGACCCUAGGGCCUGCCAUGACUUAUGCCAGUGGAGUCCUUGGGGGCCCUGGAGCGCCUGCCAGGUGCCCUGCAGUGGGGGAUUCCGACUGCGCUGGAGAGAGGCAGGGGGCCCCCCUGGAGGGGGCUGCCGGGGGCCAUGGGCUCAGACUGAGAGCUGCAAUGUGGGGCCCUGCCCAGGGGAGAGCUGCGAAGCCCGGGACACCGUGCCCACCCUUGACUGUGCCAACCGGUGUCCCAGAAGCUGUGCUGACCUCUGGGACCGCGUGCAGUGUCUGCAGGGACCGUGCCGCCCAGGCUGCCGCUGCCCUCCUGGCCAGCUGAUCCAGGAUGGGCUCUGUGUGCCCAUCUCCUCCUGCCGCUGUGGCCUUCCCAGCCCCAAUGCCUCAUGGGUGGUGGCCCCCGGCGAGGUGGCACAGCUGGGUUGCAAUAACUGCACCUGUCUCAAUGGGUCCCUGAUGUGCCCACACCGCGAGUGCCCAGUCCUUGGGCCAUGGUCAUCCUGGAGCAGCUGCUCUGCUCCCUGCGGUGGGGGCACCAUGGAGCGGCAUAGGAGCUGCGAGGAGGGACCUGCGGGGGAGCCAUGCGAGGCCCAGGACACAGAGCAAAGGCGGGGAUGUAACCCGCAGCCCUGCCCUGACUGCCCACCUGGCCAGGUGCUCAGAGCCUGUGCCACCACGUGCCCGCGCCUCUGCUCACAUCUGCAACCUGGUGCCCCCUGUGCGCAGGAACCCUGCCAGCUAGGCUGCGGCUGCCCUGGACAGCAGCUGUUGCACAACGGCACAUGUGUACCGCCCGCUGCGUGCCCCUGCACCCAGAUGUCUCUGCCAUGGGGCCUGACCUUACCCCUUGAGGAGCAGGCCCGGGAGCUUCCCCCAGGGACUGUGCUGGCCUGGAACUGCACCCGCUGUAUCUGCCGAGAUGGAGCCUUCAACUGCUCUCCAGCUGACUGUCACGAGUGCCCUUCUGGAGAAAUGUGGCAGCAGGUGCCUCCUGGGGAGCUGGGGCCAUGUGAACAGACGUGCCAGGAGCCCAACGCCACAGAGACUUGGGGCACCUGCCGCAUGGGGCAGGCCCCGGGGUGCGUGUGCCGGCACGGGCACUUGCGUAGCCACGCGGGCCACUGCGUGCCCCCGGACCGCUGCGAGUGCUGGCGCCAUGGGCAUCCCCACCCGCCUGGAUCCGAAUGGCAGGAAGCCUGUGAGAGCUGCCGCUGCCUCCACGGGAGGAGUGUCUGCACCCAGCACUGCCCCCCCCUCACCUGUGCCCAGGGUGAGGUGACCGUGCAGGAACCAGGGAGCUGCUGUCCCACUUGCCGCCAAGAGACUCUGGAGGAGCAAUCAGCCUCCUGCAGGCAUCUCACCGAGCUGCGCAACCUCACCAAGGGCCCCUGCCACCUGGACCAGGUAGAAGUGAGCUACUGCAGUGGGCACUGCCCAUCCAGCACCAACGUCAUGCCUGAGGAGCCGUACCUGCUGAGCCAGUGCGGAUGCUGCAGCUACAGCCUGGACCCCGAGAGCCCCGUGCGGGUCCUGACCCUGCGCUGUCCCGGCGGCCGCACGGAGCCCGUGGUGCUGCCCGCCAUCCGCAGCUGCCAGUGCAGCGCCUGCCUCGGAGGGGAUUUCUCAAAGCACUGAGGAUUCCGCUGUUCAAGGCCGCCUCCACCCUUCAUGCCAUCACAGGGCUCAGAGGCACUGAACCCCUCCUCCUCUUGUACCGACCCUCCCACUCCUUGCCCUGGUACCAGCAUUUUCCAAAGAAAGUGACAUUGGCAGCAA